GUCAUUACCAUUGUGCCCACACUGUAGCUUUGUGCAUGCGCAUGUGCACACUGUGGCUUUUCGGUAAGAAAGUUUCGGAUCAAGAUCCGCCUUUCUUCCUUCCCCAAUGUUACUCUUUUCCUCGCUCCCUUUGACUACAUUUCUCUCCCAGAGAUUAUUUCUCGCUUAUCAUCUCCAGGAAGAUCCGCGAAUACUCGAAUUCCGUAUUUCCUAGUGGCCAUCAUCAGGACAACCUUUUAUCGAGCGGCCGGAACCAUGGCAUCCACCAUUCCGUCGUCGCUCCCGUUUUUUGAUGUACUGAGAACCACUGCGGACGACCUUCGAAAGCUCCUUACAUCGGGCGGAAUCAGCAGCGUGCAGAUUGUAGAAUGCUACCUGUCGCACAUCGAGGCGCACAACACCAAGGGUGCGAAAUGCAGAGCCAUCAUCUCGACCCGGCCAAGAAUCCAGCUCAUUGCCUGCGCUGCUAGGCUUGAUAAGGAGCGACAGGAGGGAAAGCUGAGGGGUCCAAUGCACGGGAUUCCAGUCCUCUUGAAGGACAAUUUCGCAACGGAUCCCUCUCUUGGAAUGCCCACAACCGUUGGCUCAUACGCGCUCCGUGAUUCGUGCCCUUCUGGCAACGCCCCGGUUGUUGACAACUUGGUCGAUCGUGGAUUGAUCAUUCUGGGGAAAGCUAACUUAACGGAACUUGUGGGGCUGAAAGGUGUAAGUGGGUGGUCUGCUAUUGGGGGCAUGUGCGAGCCUGCAUAUAUUCCAACCGGGUACGAGAUCGGGGAGAAAUCUCGAGGCGAGACUACGCCCGCCGGCUCAUCCACUGGAUUCGCCGUCGGUGUUGCAUGUGGCUUUGCGCCUGUUUCUCUUGGGACAGAAACAUCCGGCUCUGUGGUCUCCCCUGCCGCUGCCGCUGCCUUGUAUGCACUGAAGCUUACUCCAGGCUCUGUCCCACUGGCCGGAAUCAUGGAGGUAAAUGCUUUCUUUGAUACGGUUGGUGCAUUUGGGAAAUCAGCUCUAGAUGUUGCCCUCGUAUGCGACGCUCUUUCAGUGACGAAAGAUGGUUCUAACCUGGCCUCUUUCGCAUCCUCUGUCAAUCUGAAGGAUGUCUCAGUGGGAUUCGUUGACAUUGAAAAAUGGAGGCUGCCAGCCCAUACUCAGGUCGGCGAUCCGAAAUACUUUGAGCAAACUGCUACGGAGUAUCAGGAAGCAAAAGAUCGGCUGCGCAAGAAUGGCGUGAAAAUCGUUGACGUGUACCUCCAACCUCCCGAAGAGUGCAUGAUUGGGGACACAAACGUCGACGAUCUGAUGAACAUCAUGAUAAUGCAGCAAGGAAAGAACGGUUUCGAACGAUACCUGAAUAGCCUUGAGGUCUCCAAAGUUCGUACCUUAGAGGGGAUCAUCAAGUUCAACGAAAACAACGCAGACAUUGAACUUCACAAAGACUACAGCCCUAACCAGGACCUCCUCACUACACUUCUCAAUAACUCAAAGCCAGACGAGGAUGUUUCUGAGUGGCUGGAACAUUGCAAGCGCUGGGGAGCAACAGAAGGAAUCGACAAAAUCACAUCCGAGCAUGCCGUGGAUGUGGUGGUUUGCUGCUCGGAUAGCUACUUUGCCGGUGUGUCGGUCGCAGCCCGCUAUCCCAUGGCCGCGGUUCCUUUGGGAUACAUCAAAAGUAGCGGGAGGCCAUAUGGCCUACAGGCUAUCGCACCAGCAUAUCAAGAGUCGAAGUUGGUCAGGUUCAUGGCGGCGUGGGAGCAAGUCUUCCCCCCGAGACGGGUCCCGGACCUAGUCGCUUGCACCAAAGCCAGGGCCGAUCGUUAAUUCGGGAUAAACUCUUCAGACCGAGACCUGUGAUGAGAACCUUACCAAUCAUUGAACGUACUCAGGGCUACUCUCAAUCCAAU